GCGAGAGAGCGCGCGCGAGUGUGUGAGCGGGUGUGCAAAGAACACGACCCACUGAUGGGAUGAUUAAUUAUGAUAUAAAAUAGUCCGCGUCCAAAGGGUGGCGGCACCCCAAAAGCCGCUCUUUUCAUCUCCUUUGGCCACAAUUAAAACAAACUUUGUCGCAUAGCUCGCCUAUCCCCUUGCAUAAAAACAUAUGGCUUUGCUAUAAAAAUGAUGACUGGAAAACACUGACCCAUUAAUAGCCUGCGGACUGAUUUAUACUUUAUUGUUCUGCUGCCCGGCCACGUGACGGCCGGCAGCCAAUGAGCGGCGCGGCAGCCUGCAACUUAUUAGGUGACUGUACUUCUUCGCCAGGACCAAGUUGUUACAUGGAAGCCGCAGUUCCAUAAUUUCCCCGGUCCUGCCUGCGUUGGACGGGGCUGGGUGGCGGCUGCACGGCCAUGUCUUCGUCGGGCGCGCUCAGCAACUACUACGUGGACUCCUUCCUCAUCCACGAGAGCGAGGAGCUGGUGCAGUCCCGCUACGGCGCGGCCCCCCUGGGCCAGCCAGGCCGGCAGGCGAGCCUGGGCGAGCACCCCGAGUUCGCCCCUUGCAGCUUCCAGUCCAAGGCGUCGGUCUUCGGCGCGUCCUGGAACGCCGUGCACCCGCCGGGCGCCAGCAAUGUGCCCGCCGUGUACCACCCGUACGUGCACCCCCAGGCACCCAUGGCAGCGCCCGACGGCAGGUACAUGCGUUCGUGGCUCGAGCCCGUGCCUUUCCCCGGCCUGCCGGCCAGCAGGCAUUAUGGCAUUAAACCCGAACCGCUGACGGCCAGGAGGGGUGACUGUACCACCUUUGACACUCACGCUCUCUCUCUGACUGACUUUGCUUGUGGUUCUCCUCCAGCUGAUAGGGAUAAGCAAGCCACCGACGGGCCCUUCUCGGAAAACAAUGGCGAGGGCGAGGCCAGCGGAGACAAACCCCAGCUCGACCCAAAUAACCCUUCUGCGAACUGGUUACAUGCAAGAUCCACCAGGAAAAAGCGCUGCCCUUAUACUAAGCACCAAACGCUGGAGCUGGAAAAAGAAUUUCUGUUCAACAUGUAUCUCACCAGGGACCGACGGUAUGAAGUGGCCAGGCUCCUGAAUUUAACCGAGAGACAAGUGAAAAUCUGGUUUCAGAACCGGAGGAUGAAAAUGAAGAAAAUUAACAAAGACCGAGCGAAGGAUGAAUGAUGCUCGGCUGCGAAUUUAUCACGUCUCCAACAGCAAAAUCUCCUCCAGUCCAAUCCAACACAACCACAACUCCCUCAAACCAGGCGACUGUGUCCAGGCCUCACGUUGAUUUUUGUCCUUGCCAAUUCAGUUCUUGAAUGUACCUCGCCAGCGCGCAGGGGGAUCGCUGGACCCCGGCGCUAUCAAGGAGGUGCCCUGAUUCCCCGUUGUGAUCAUAGGAAAGAAAAGGGGGGCAUUAUUAACGCGCAAAGCUGAUUUGUUGGCUUGUUUAAAUCUACCUGUCAAGUAUGAAAGAAAGAAAGAAAGAAAGAAAGAAAGAAAGAAAGAAAGAAAGAAAGAAAGAAAGAAAGAAAGAAAGAAAGAAAGAAAGAAAGAAAGAAAGAAAGAAAGAAAGAAAGAAAGAAAGAAAGAAAAAGAAAACUACCUUUUUAAUGCACAACUCUUUACAGACUGUAUAGGUUAGUCGAAGUAGUUAAUUUUAUUUGCUCUGCGUGGCAGAGAGAGGUCUGCUCUAAUACUUGAACACUGUGUUUUAUCGUGGUAAUUAUAUUUGUGACUCAAUUUUUGUGCUUGGGUGCUGUAUCAGAUGUGAUUGUGUAAGCUAGAAUUCUAUUCGAACUCAGGUUGUUUAUUAUAAAAGUUGCAUAGAGUAUAGCUCUGUAGUGUAAGUAUUUUUUCUGUAUAAUUAGACAGUUAACCUUGGAUUGUAAGGGAAAGAAAAUGCUCUCGCCCUCUCUUUCUCUCCCCCUCCCCCCUUCAGCUUUUAAAAACAAAGGGAAAAUUGAUCUGGGCUAGAAAAGGAAUCGCAGUCUUUCGGUUCCUCUGAAGCAAGUCAUCUUAGUAUGCACAGUUGAUCUAUAUAUAUAUAUAUAGUACCGUCUUUGUCAGUUGUAUAUAUAUAAUCUAUAUAUUAAAGAAAAAAACCCUUAAUAAUCAGAUUAGCUUGAAUAUUGUUUUUGCACCGUGAGCAGUUUUCAGAUAUCGGAGCUAUACAUAUAUGUGAAAAAGGUAACUACCUAUGGUUUACGUUUUUAAGUUUAAUCAAAUAAUUUGAUUCUUAUUGUAAUGAAAUUUAAUGUUAUUGAUAAUAAAUUAUACACUCUAAAACCUACCUUUGGUUAUUGUAGAUUUGUAUCAAUUAUUAAAAAAAUUAAAUCCUGGAAGUUAUGUUUAUGCAGGAGCUACACUGUAUAUUUUGCAAUAGUUACCUCAUUGGCCUACUGACCAAAUAGUUGUGUCCAAAUGAUAUUUAACUUUUUUGCAAAAUAAAGUAUAUAUUGAUUCUUUUUA